AUGCCUAAGACCCGAGGAGGAUAUACCUCAGCUCCCCCGAGCAGUCAGAGAGCUGCCCCUGUGCGGGCCCCACUAGAUGCACCCUCACAUUUACCUGAUUCUGCCCCUCAGAGCAAAUACCAUACGAGGAGAGCAUCUGCCACGCCUGUGGCCCCUACUCAGAUUCCACCUCGGAGUCCUCCUACAAAGAAAUCCAAGACUUCAGAGCCAGGAGAGUCCUCCAGAGCACCUCGGGAUUCACAGUCUCAGCCUCCUUCCGCCAGGAGCCCUAGACCCAGCUCGCCCAUUGAGGGCAACUUCGAUUGCCGAUCGAGAACAUUUCAUGUCGAGGUACAGCUCCAUCAGCAUUCCCCAGAACUUCCCGAGCCAAGGGAAGUCCCUCCUGCUCUGUCCACUUCAGCUCCUCCACAGCCAGUACCAGAGGUAGCAUCAUCUGAUGCCCCACCUGCUAUUCCUCCUACCUCAGAGCCGCCCAUUACUAUCCCUGGUGCGGAGUAUCGUGCCUUGCUCGCUUUCUUCCAGACUCUGACCACUACUCAGACGGCUAUUAUGGAGCGGAUAGACCACUUCCAACUUCAGCAGGACCAGCAGACUCUCAUUCUCCGGGAGAUUCAGCAGCGCCUCGUUCUUGUCUAUGUGUUUGAGCCUGUAUGGGAGAAUGACGGAGGCUUGGAUAUAAGAGAUAAGAUUGUCCAGUUCUGGAAGGUUUCGAGUUAA